AUGUUCAGCCGGAGCUCCCGGAAAAGACUCUCCAGCCGCUCGUUGACCGGACUGGGGCGGAUCGAGAGAGGCCAGCCAUGUAACGCCUGUGGUGACCAGUGCCCGGGGUUUGCCUUGCAUAAAUGGAGGAAGAUCUGCCUGCACUGCAAGUGCCCUCAGGAGGAGCACAUGGUGACGGUGAUGCCCCUGGCGAUGGAGAAGACAGUCAGCAAACUCAUGUUUGACUUCCAGAGGAACUCGACCUCGGACGAUGACUCAGGCUGUGCCCUGGAGGAGUACGCCUGGGUUCCGCCAGGACUGAAGCCUGAACAGGUUCACCAGUACUACAGCUGCCUCCCAGAAGAGAAAGUCCCCUAUGUCAACAGUCCUGGAGAGAAACUUCGAAUCAAGCAACUAUUACACCAGCUGCCACCGCAUGACAAUGAGGUUCGCUACUGCAACUCCCUGGACGAGGAAGAGAAGAGGGAGCUGAAGCUCUUCAGCAACCAGAGGAAACGUGAAAACCUGGGCCGCGGCAAUGUGAGGCCCUUCCCGGUCACCAUGACAGGAGCGAUCUGUGAACAGUGUGGAGGCCAGAUCAAUGGCGGGGACAUUGCUGUGUUUGCAUCGCGCGCCGGCCACGGUGUCAGCUGGCACCCACCCUGCUUUAUUUGCACCGUCUGCAACGAGCUCCUGGUGGAUUUGAUCUACUUUUACCAGGAUGGGAAGAUCUACUGUGGCAGGCACCACGCAGAGUGCCUGAAGCCACGCUGCGCAGCCUGCGACGAGAUCAUCUUUGCAGAUGAAUGCACAGAAGCCGAGGGGCGACACUGGCACAUGAAACACUUCUGCUGCUUCGAAUGUGAGACAGUGCUGGGUGGCCAGCGCUACAUCAUGAAGGAGGGAAGGCCCUACUGCUGCCACUGCUUUGAGUCCUUGUAUGCGGAAUAUUGCGACACCUGUGCCCAACACAUAGGAAUUGACCAAGGUCAAAUGACCUAUGACGGCCAGCACUGGCACGCCACCGAGACUUGUUUCUGCUGCGCUCACUGCAAGAAGUCGCUCCUGGGGCGGCCCUUUCUCCCCAAACAAGGCCAGAUCUUCUGCUCGCGGGCCUGCAGCGCCGGCGAGGACCCCAAUGGCUCAGACUCCUCCGAUUCCGCCUUCCAGAACGCCCGGGCCAAGGAGUCCCGGCGCAGUGCCAAGAUCGGCAAGAACAAAGGCAAGACGGAGGAGCCGCUGCUCAACCAGCACAGCCAGCUGCAGGUGAGCUCCAACCGGCUGUCGGCCGACGUGGACCCCCUGUCACUGCAGAUGGACCUGCUCAGCCUGUCCAGCCAGACGCCCAGCCUCAACCGAGACCCCAUCUGGAGGAGCCGGGACGAGCCAUACCACUAUGGGAACAAGCUGGAGCAGAGCCAGCCGCAGAGCCCCUUGCAGCUCCUCAGCCAGUGCAACAUCAGAACUUCCUACAGCCCCGGCGGGCAGGGCGCUGGAGCCCAGCCCGACGUGUGGGCCAAGCACUUCGGCAACCCAAAGAGGAGCUCGUCGCUGGCCAUGAAGGGCCAUGGUGGGAGCUUCAUCAAGGAGUGCCGGGAGGACUACUACCCGGGCAGACUGCGGUCCCAGGAGAGCUAUAGCGACAUGUCCAGCCAGAGCUUCAAUGAAACCCGGGGCGGCAUCCCAGUCGCCAAGUAUGAGGAAGAGGAGGAGGAAGAAGGGGGCUUGUCCGCUCAGCAGUGUCGGACCCGGCACCCCAUCAGCUCGCUGAAGUACACUGAGGACAUGACGCCCACCGAGCAGACCCCACGGGGCUCCAUGGAGUCGCUGGCGCUGUCUAAUGCAACAGGCCUCUCCGCGGAUGGUGGCGCCAAGCGCCAGGAGCACCUCUCUCGGUUUUCCAUGCCAGAUCUCAGCAAAGACUCUGGGAUGAAUGUGUCCGAGAAGCUGAGCAACAUGGGCACGCUGAACUCGUCCAUGCAGUUCCGCAGCGCCGAGUCGGUUCGCAGCCUGCUGUCCGCCCAGCAGUACCAGGAGAUGGAGGGCAACCUCCACCCGCUCAGCACCCCGAUCAGGUACAGAGACCUGCAGGCGCACGGAAGGAUGCAUCAGAGCUUUGAUUUCGAUGGAGGGAUGGCGGGCAGCAAGCUGCCGGGGGCAGAGGGCGUGAGGAUCCAGCCCAUGAGUGAGCGCACACGGAGGAGAGCCAGUUCGCGCGACGACAACCGCCGCUUCCGGCCCCACCGGUCUCGGCGAUCACGACGCUCUCGCUCAGACAACGCCCUCCACCUGGCCGGCGAGCGUGAGGCCCUCUCUCAGUUAAAGGAGAGACCCCCCCUGAGAGCCAGGGAGGACUAUGAUCAGUUCGUGCGCCAGCGGAGCUUCCAGGAGAGCCUGGGCCAGGGGUCCCGGCGGGACCUGUAUGGCCGGUGCCCCCGGACCGUGUCGGACCUGGCUCUGCAGAAUGCCUUUGGGGAGCGCUGGGGCCCCUACUUCGCUGAGUACGAUUGGUGUUCCACCUGUUCCUCCUCCUCCGAGUCUGACAACGAGGGCUAUUUCCUAGGAGAACCCAUCCCCCAGCCCGCCCACCUGCGAUAUGUCACCAGUGAUGAGUUACUGCACAAAUACAGCUCCUACGGCCUCCCCAAGUCUUCCACGCUAGGUGGCAGGGGACAGUUGCACAGCAGGAAAAGACAGAAGAGCAAAAACUGUAUCAUUUCUUAA